AGCUUACCAAGACGCCCCAAGAACCUCCGCCCGAUGUCGAGUUCCACCGCCGACUACAAGCUCUUCACGCCGCUGCAGCUGGCCAAGGGCCUCGAGCUCAAGAACCGCGUCGUGUACGGCCCCACUACCCGUGCGCGAGCUGACCCCGUCACCCAUGUGCCACUGGAGCGCAACGCUGUCUACUACGAGCAGCGGGCAAGUGCAGGAUUGAUUGUUACGGAGGGCUGCGCUGUCUCGGAGCAGGCGUUUGGCUGGUACGGCGCCCCAGCACUCUACACGGACGAGCAGCAGGAGGGCUGGCGCAAGGUCGUGGAGCGCGUGCACGCCAAGGGCGGCAAGAUCUUCUUGCAGCUGUGGCACAUGGGACGGCAGUCGCACCCAUCCUUCCACUCCACCAACAACGUCGUGUCAGCCUCAGCCACCCAAUGGGAAACGGGCAGAACGCGCAAUACCAGCGGCGAACACGCCGGGUUCGAGAAGGCUCGCGCGCUGCGCCUCGAAGAGAUUCCGGAGGUCGUCGACAUGUAUCGCCAAUGCGCUGAACGGGCCAAGACUGUUGGCUUUGAUGGCGUGGAAGUGCACGGUGCCAAUGGCUACCUGCCCGACCAGUUCCUCCAAUCAUGCACGAACCACCGGACGGACAAGUACGGCGGCUCGUUCGAGAACCGCUACCGCUUCCUCGGCGAGGUCAUCGAAGCUCUCAAGACCGUGUAUCCGGCUAAUCGAAUUGCCGUGAGACUGUCCCCGAACGGUCAGUAUGGCGGCAUGGGCAGCUUGGACAACGCGGAGAUGUUCACAUACGCGUUCGAACGCUUGUCGGAACACGGAUUGGCGUACUUGGCCAUGCUGGACGGCUUCGGGUUCGGCUAUAUGUCGCAAGGCCGCUUGCUGACCGCCUUUGACGCCAAGAAGGCGUUCAAAGGAACCCUGAUCGCCAACAACAGCUACACGCGCGACGUUGCUGAAGGGGCCAUUCGCAGCGGCGCCGCGGACCUGGUGGGAUUCGCGAGGCUGUUUAUCUCGAACCCAGACCUCGUCGAACGCUUUCGGAACGACUGGCCGCUCAACCCGUUGCCGGACCACGCGUUUUUCUGGGACGCCUCCAAGGGUGAUGAAGGCUACAACACAUUCCACCUCUACAAAGCCGCCGGUGAGCAAAAUCCAGCAACUGUCGCGUAG